CCGGCUCCGACUGCAGCACUAGCAACAGUGAAGUCCUGGGCUUUAGCAUCCGAUGUUGCGGCAGGCAAUUCCUGCACUGCCCGUCAGUUCGCUGUAGGAUAAUAAGUACUUUGAUCUACCGCUUGUAAACCAUCCUAGGUGCGGGGUCCAUACUCGCUCCUUUUUUAAUGACUACUUUGUAACUCUUCAUCUGCUAUAAGGUUUACCCCUGGAAACCAUGGAAAAGAGCACCUUCCAGAACUUAAAGGAGAAUGAGCCAGCUUGGUUCGAACCAAACAGUGACAACAGCUCUUUGGACUUGUCCACACUUGUGCCACAGAAGGCCUUGAAUCCUUGGGAUGUGGUACUUUGUGUUUCUGGGACCAUCAUCUCUUGUGAAAAUGCAAUAGUUGUGGCUAUUAUCUUCUACACACCAGCGUUGAGGACACCAAUGUUUCUCCUUAUAGGCAGCCUGGCAACUGCAGACUUUCUGGCAGGACUUGGACUAAUCUUCCAUUAUGUGUUUCUCUAUUGCAUUCAGUCUGAUGCUGUCAGUCUCAUAACAGUCGGACUUGUGGUUGCAUCUUUCACUGCAAGUGUGAGCAGCCUACUUGCCAUAACCAUAGAUCGUUACCUCUCACUUUAUAAUGCACUGACUUACUAUUCUGAAAGAACAGUCACCAGGACCUACAUCAUGUUGAUUUUGACAUGGGGGGUAUCUAUUUGCUUUGGACUGCUACCCAUCAUGGGGUGGAACUGCUUGAAGGACACAUCAUCAUGCAGUAUAGUCAAACCCCUCACAAAAAACAACCUUAUCAUCUUGUCCAUCUCCUUUUUUAUGGUCUUUGCAAUGAUGCUGCAACUGUAUGUACAGAUCUGCAAGAUAGUCUGUCGACAUGCCCACCAGAUUGCCUUGCAGCGCCACUUCUUGGCAACAUCUCACUAUGUGACCACCAGGAAAGGAAUCUCCACACUGGCUGUCAUACUUGGGACAUUUGCAACUUGCUGGUUGCCUUUCGCAAUCUACUGUCUAAUGGGUGACUACACAUACCCUUCUCUGUACACCUAUAUUACCUUGCUUCCAGCAACAUAUAACUCCAUGAUAAAUCCUGUAAUCUAUGCUUUCAGGAAUCAAGAGAUCCAGAAGGUGAUGUGGACAGUCUGCUGUGGCUGCAUUUCUUCUCAAAUACCAUUUCGGUCCAGGUCACCAAGUGAUGUCUAGAUCCCAAGAGGUCUUCUUGUGUUUGCACCUACAUCUGACGCACAAUCAUGUGACAAGGGGAAAGGAUGCCUUAAAGAAAAAAUAUCUGUUAAGAGGACUAACUUAAAGCCAGUUGCUGUGAAUAAAUGGCUUACUGUCUCCUUGUGUGACCCUCAUUUGAAAUGAGCAUCAUCAGAAAAGGAUAUAAUUGUAAAAAAUGUAAUACUGUAUCUAACAGCACUUUAGAAUGAUAGGUUUCUGUUCUUUCCACUCAGAUCCACUAUCAACUUCAGUGUGCUGACAUUUUUGGUGUAAAGACACACAGGAAGCAUGCUGUCUGGGGCGGUUUCCAGUGAUGCACAUUUCUGAUGCAUUGUGUUGUCUGAUUGGUCAGGGCUGAUGUGCUGAUGACUGUAAAUGGAAAAUGAACACAUAAUGCCUCUGAACAUUGAGAAACCAGAACCUUGUUCUGGAUGUAGUUUAAUUUUAUCCAGUGGAAAUAGCAUAUACUCCCUUAGUAUUUGGGGUGCCAUGCCUUACUGCUGUUUAAAUUCCCCUUUGUAGGUUUAAUCAUGUUUGCCACACCACAAGGGAUACAGCAUCUUUUAGGCACAGAAAAAGGAUCACUUUUUUAUUUUGCUUUUUCAUGAACAGCCAUGUCAGAUUACCUCAUUUUACAAAGGAAAUGUUUUGCUAGAAAGGCAAUAAGAGUUAAUAUAUUACUAAAAAGCCAUUAUUUAUUUUCAUAUUCACUGUACCAGUUGUAAAAAUAUGUAUGAGGCUUGGUACUCGCAUAACUAUGCUUUGUCUUUUCAUCAGAUGUUAACUGUUGUGUCCUUUGCAGGAUGCUUUCUUAUGUUCAGCACAGGAUGGAAAUGUCAGUUGGUUUCACUAAAGUGCUAUACCUUACUGCCCUCUAGAAGCCAUUAUGUGGAUAACACUAUUGGCUAACCCAGUUUGUUAAACAUAGGGCAGUAUUGAGACCUGAGUCACAUUCAAAAGUAGGAAGCAAAGAAGAUGCCUGAUAAUUUACUCUUAUCAUAUGAGUUACAUAUGUUAUCCUCAUAUAUAUGGAGUCAAAACAUGAACCACUAAAAUAAGGGAUACCAUAAGUCAUAUAUAUCAAAAGCAGAGUAGUACUACCUCUCACAUGUCUUGGAGUGCAGAAAAGGCAGCAGAGCUGGAAAUGCUGCUGAUGCAAGAGCAGUGUAAGGGUAAUCUACAGUAAAGUGAAGUGCUACCAAAGCAAUCCAAUCAAAACUCAAUGGUGUAGUUUUUUUUUUGUGUAAUGAGAUUUUCUAGACUUUAAAUUUUAGUAGAAUACCUGUCAUAUUUUAUUAAGCUACAGCUUUUUUUAAGAAUGUCAAGCUGACUUGUAAGGGGAGGAGCCAAAUUCUAGAAGAUGGUAUACAAUUCCAAAAAUUCUAGUGAUACCUGUCAGUCCUGGACAGUGUCCUAUGAAAUAACAAGACAAGAGAGUACUACUUUACUUCUUUUUAAUCUAGAAGAAUGAAACUCCAUUUUACUAAGUAAAGGCACUUAAAUUCUCACUUCAUAUUGUAUAUGAAGCAUUGCAGUACUAUAAGCGAAUAAUUGUUUUGAGGCUAGAAAGAAUAUGUGUAUAUAACAGUGGUACUAGUGGGUAAUGAUUGUUGUUAAGAGAACUUAAAAUGAUGCAUGAACUUGGUUGUCACUUAUUUUGUGUAUAGUGUUAAGGUCACCAGUGGGUUUACCCCCACUAGUGGAAUAAUACUAAAGGGUGACCUUGUGCCAAAGAAUGAAUCUUACCAGAUAUGAUUAACAGAAAGACAUGUUUAAUUUAAAACACAACUUUGCUUCUUUUUUCCCAUCUGGAAAUAUAGUUAUUGCUUGUAUUCAGUAAAAUGAUUAGUCUUAAAGACUUCAUAUUCAGAACUUCUCUGUAUAUGUAACCUAAUUUUUUUAGGAAUUUGAGUUAAUUUACUUAAUGUAUUUUUCUGUUAAAUAACCUAAGAUUUGCUCAAUUUUCUGGAACUACUGUUGUCCUUAUAUCAAUAUAUUUUUAAAUUUGGAAAUAUCAUGAAACUGCAUGAGUAACCGUCUUAAUAUCUUAAAUAACAUAAGAUAACAUUGCCCUGGUGUUGUUCAAAUCUCCAUCUCUUCAGAGUCACAUGUAUCUCUAAUGGACAGUUUCCAACAUGAGACUGAUAAGAUGAGCAGGAAUUUUAUAAAUCCACUGUUGCUGAUUUUGUCAUGAAAUGCAAUUUUUUUAUUUUUGACAUUAUUUUUUUCUUUGUUGUCUUACAAGGGAAACUAUUUGCAUUUGCCUUACUGAAGCAUUGGCUAUGUAAAUCCCUCUAGUGGUUUGCAUGGAAAUAAACAGAGUGUGUGAGUUUUUAAAUAGUGUCCAAUGAAAUCCAUCAGUGGGCACAUACUGGGAAGGUCAUUUCGAGAACAGACCAUACUUAAGCAUGACAGACAAUCAUUGUGAGCAUCACUUCUUCUACCAGUGCUAUAUACGGAAAUAUCUGAGUCAAGAAAGUGACUACAAAAACUGAAGGUGGCACUUUAAACUUCUCUCUCAGGUACCAACUAGCUCCAGAAUAGUUUUUGCAAUGCUAGUUUCUGUACCAUUAAAUGUUAUUCAUCUUUCUCAGUAAUGCACUUUUCAUUUUAAGAAGUACUGCAAAAUUAGUUCCCCAUUAUCUGACCAUCCAUAUUAUCAGUCCAUCGUAAUCCUAUAAUAAAUCACAUUUGCUACCAUUGAGUUACAAAUGUGUUGACUUGGAAAGAAAGAAAGAAAGAAAGAAAAAGUAGCCACAAUUACAGCAAUAAUGGACACUUCAACAAAUAAGAUGGCUUCAAUGAUCUGUUCUUGUUUUGUUACCAACAAAAGCAAAUAUUACAUUUGCAGGUAAUGCUGUAGUUAAAUGAAGCUGACUUAGAAAUUACUAGCACUCAAGGGAACUUAUUUUGUCUCUGUUACGGUGGGGCAGCUAUAUGCAGUAGUAAGGAGAGUUAUGAAAGGAUAACAUAUCUCCCAAACUAUAUACAAAAAAAAGUCAAAAUAAAACAACACAGUGAAAUAGAAGCCAGUUUAAAGGUGAAGUUAAAUCAAGGAAUCAGCACUGCAAGAAAAACAGUGCAGCAUGGUAACGCAUGGGAAUAUAUACCCCAAACAUACUUGCCAUGAAAGGAGUUGACUAACGGACCUUUAGAAUAACCUGACUUGUGCAGUCAUUAAAGCACUUGUUAUCCUCACCCUCCAUAUAUUACAUGGACAGACUGCCUAUCUGAGCUGCUAGAAUACUGUCUUGAUAAUAUAUGGGGAAGGUACCAUAACUGGGGGAAAACAGAGGCUCUUGCAAAAUAAGAGCAAUGUUUUCAAAGAAAUGUUUGCACUAUAAUUUAAAAUGUGAAUAUUUUAUUUUUUGGAGGAAUUCUCAUUUAAAGCUACUGUUGGCCAAAAUUAGUUUAAAAAAUGAAAAUGCUGAAGAGGAAUGGAACAUGUCAAAUGAAUGUUUGUGUACUGUAUAUCAUUUUGCACAAUUCUGAGAAAGAUGAAAAAAGCUUUCAAAAGGCACUUUGAAUUUCAAUCCUUAUUGUAAUGUUGCACAUGAGUUUAUCAAAAUUAUGUUUUUUAAAUGAAUAUGGAAACAAAGAUUGUAUUGCAUUUAUUGUUUACAGUAAAAUAAAGUAAUUAAUUUUGUA